GGCAUCUCCGCCCGCCGCCAUGAAGCCUCCGGCAGCCCAGUGCCCGGCGGGGCCAGGGCCGGGGGAGGACGGCGGGGACCUGGCGGAGGCGCUGGGCGAGUUCGACGCGGUGCUGGCCGAAUUCUCCUGCCCCGCCGGCCGGCGCCGCUUCUUCUACGGCGAGCACCUGGAGCGCAUGAAGCGGCGGAGCAGCGCCAGCGUCAGCGACGGCAGCGGCCUCAGCGACUCCGAGAGUGCAGAUUCCCUCUACAGAAAUAGUUUCAGUCUCAGUGAUGAAAAGCUCAACUCUUCAACUGCAUCUACUCCAAGCUUGCCAUCCCCUUCAGUGACUCCUUGUAAAGCAAAGCUUGGGGACACAAAGGAGCUGGAGGACUUCAUUGCUGAUCUUGACAGAACACUAGCAAGUAUGUGAAAUGAAUUUUCAGCAUUGUGCUUGCAUGUGGGUGUCCUCUGAAGGAUAAGUGACAUCAAUCAGUGAGAACUGCUGCCCUUGUCUGAUAACUUUGCUCAAGAUACCCUCUGAACAUAACCUUUGUGAACUCCCACAAGUAUUUAACUGGCAACAUUGAACAUUGGUUUUGGGGUUUGGGUUUUUUGGGUGUUUUUUUCUUUUUUUUUUUCUUUGCAGCAGAUGGAAUAACUUAAAUGUUAGAGCUGUAUUUUGCUUUAAAAUAUAGCUUGAAUUUUAAUUUAAAGUUGCUUUUAUGCAAAUAUAUUUGUAAUUUUAUAUAGUUGAAGACUUUAAUGCUUUUCUCCAUUAUAAUAUAUUUUUGUAUGCAAAUAAAUCCUGAACUGAAAUCCAGAUGUCUGUAAGAUUCCUAUGAACAUGCAAACUCUGAAAUAGAAGUACAAAUUCAACUCUUACUGAAAACAGCGUGCUUUGAAAUAUCUUGAUAAUGGUAUAUUUCCUGUCAAUUUCAACUAGCAUUAGAAAUUUUGCCUAUUUCCAUUAGGUAAAAUUUAUUAUUCUAGUUGAAUGUGGUUGCUUAAAUAAGAACUUUGUGCUAUGUAAAAUUAAUACAAGCAGGAAAAUAAUAAAUUGGGUCAAACUGUUA